AUCAGAACUGAGCGAGGCUCCUGGCGCACUAGGGACUCCAGGAGGCAGCUCCGCCAGAGACGCGGGUCGUGCCUCGGGAAACCGGAGGGUGGGGGGAGGGGAAGAGCGCCGAAAAGAAAACCCACCGAGGCGGGGACUGGCCUGGGCGGGGAGGGGCGGCGGGGCCGGAGCCCCUCUCUGUUGGGCGGACUCCCCAUGGCCAGAGGCUGAGCUCCACUCCCGCCGGCCUCUCCCUAGGGGAAGGGAAAGAGGAGAGGAGCGGAGCGAGAGGCCGCCGGCGAGCGAGCACGGGCGGCAUCCGCAGUCUCCAGAAGUUUGAGACUCGGCGGUGAGCGGACUCGUGCGCCCGGACUCUGCAGCGCCAGCACCAAGCGAAAAGAGCAGGGGCUGCCUGGCCGCGGCGCGCCGGCUUUGUCAUGAUGGCCAGCUACCCCGAGCCCGAGGACACCGCGGGGGCCCUGCUGGCCCCGGAGACCGGCCGUGCAGCCAAGGAGCCGGAGGCGCCGCCGCCGCCGAGCCCCGGCAAGGGAGGAGGAGGCGGCGGCGCCGGGACAGCCCCGGAGAAGCCCGACCCCGCUCAGAAGCCCCCGUACUCGUACGUGGCGCUCAUCGCCAUGGCGAUCCGCGAGAGCGCCGAGAAGAGGCUCACUCUGUCCGGCAUCUACCAGUACAUUAUCGCCAAGUUCCCGUUCUACGAGAAGAACAAGAAGGGCUGGCAGAAUAGCAUCCGCCACAAUCUCAGCCUCAACGAGUGCUUCAUCAAGGUGCCGCGCGAGGGCGGCGGCGAGCGCAAGGGCAACUACUGGACGCUGGACCCGGCCUGCGAGGACAUGUUCGAGAAGGGCAACUACCGGCGCCGCCGCCGCAUGAAGCGGCCCUUCCGGCCGCCGCCCGCGCACUUCCAGCCCGGCAAGGGGCUCUUCGGGGCCGGAGGCGCCGCGGGCGGCUGCGGCGUAGCGGGCGCGGGGGCCGACGGCUACGGCUACCUGGCGCCCCCCAAGUACCUGCAGUCCGGCUUCCUCAACAACUCCUGGCCGCUACCGCAGCCGCCUUCACCCAUGCCCUACGCCUCCUGCCAGAUGGCGGCGGCCGCUGCGGCGGCGGCGGCUGCCGCUGCCGCCGCGGGCCCGGGCAGCCCGGGCGCGGCCGCGGUGGUCAAGGGGCUGGCUGGCCCGGCCGCCUCGUAUGGGCCGUACUCACGCGUGCAGAGCAUGGCGCUGCCUCCCGGUGUGGUGAACUCGUACAACGGCCUGGGAGGCCCGCCGGCCGCGCCCCCGCCGCCGCCUCACCCCCACUCACACCCGCACGCACACCAUCUGCACGCGGCCGCCGCACCCCCGCCUGCCCCGCCGCACCACGGGGCCGCAGCACCGCCCCCGGGCCAGCUCAGCCCAGCCAGCCCGGCUACCGCCGCGCCCCCGGCGCCCGCGCCCACCAGUGCGCCGGGCCUGCAGUUCGCCUGCGCCCGGCAGCCCGAGCUCGCCAUGAUGCAUUGCUCUUAUUGGGACCACGACAGCAAGACCGGCACGCUGCACUCGCGCCUUGAUCUCUGAGAGUCCAGCGCACGCCGGCUUUGAGGAUGCAGGGACGUGCGACGCCGGCCGCAGCCGCAGCCGCCGCCGGCCGGACCACGCGCCCUCUGGGGCCAUCUUCUGAGCCAGCGUCCAAGGCCCUCUGCGCCUCCUCGCUCCCCUCAGCUCCUCUCGCCCCUCUUUUGUCUCCUCCGCUUCUCCUCCUGUUGCUCGCCUCCCUGCCCUCUCUUCCCUCCCGCUCCCCCAGCCUGCAGGUCGCCUCUCUGCGCGCCUUCUGCAGGCCUCGUCUCCUCCCGGUGCCCCGGCGUCCGGGCUGGACACCCCAUGCCAAAAUUCAGAGCCGAGAGGAAGUGCCGGGGCCGAGGUGCAGCCGGGCGUCGGCGGUGCAGACCUCUUGGCCUUCUCACACAGGUCGGUGCGCUCGCGCUCGGCUUUCCCCGCCGGGCUGCCGCGCAAUCCUUGGCUGGAAGCGCGGGUCCGGGCGGGCGACGAGACCCGCGCCGCCCGAGAAAGGGACGAACGUGUGUUUCCUCCACGUAGCCUCUUGGAGCGGUUCAGAAGCCGCUUGCCGGGGCCCACUGGAUGGGGCGAGGGUUGGGCCUGAGCGGGGAGCCCCGCUGCCUCGCUCGGCGGCCUGCGCUGGGGUUUACAGCACAUCCCCGCUCCGAGACAGGCUGCGUGUCCUCCGCUCUCGGUCUCGGCGCUUCGGGCACCUCCAGGCCCGCGGCGGCUGGCUAAUGUUUCGCCCAAAAGAUCGGGAGGGCUGUUUUAGA